AUGAGAUUCAGUGUCCUACGGACCAGUAUGACUUUAGCUUUGCAAGCCAUAGCUGUACUCUCCCAGUCAGGGUUACAAAAGCGCUAUCCAGCAGGAUCCUUCUCUAUCCUGGCGUACGGUGUUGCCUCUGAGGGAAUUAAUGUUUUUUAUUCUGAUGGACUCGCAUAUGUCGGCGACUCUUCCAAGUGGGUGUCUGGGUCGGUGACAACCGACGUUACAUUCGUCUUCAAAAACUCCCAAAUCAUUGCCACUGCCACCCACAAGGAUUACACCUUUGAUGCUGACACGUUCCUCUACAUCCGUCCCACACCCAAUCAGGUGCUACCUGUGGGUUUCACUGGGAACAAUUUCGAUACGCCCGAUGAUGCGAAGGUAGAUCAAUUUCUUUUCUACGGCAGGUAUCUCAUGUGGCAAAAUGAGAAUCGACUCCUAUGCGAUUCGUUCCGUCUGAGGGAUACGGAUGUCGGCGAUAUUUACCAGCUCUACUGGGACACUUCGAACCUUUAUCCCCCCGGCUUCUUGAUUCCGACCGUAAAGUCGUCUGUUUAG